AUGUCCUACACACCCACCUCGUACUACGGCCACUCGGUCAAGGACCGCACAUCCGAGUUCCACGGCCUCGUCGAGUCCAUCGCAUCGAGAUCCUCCCAGCCACCAGCAAAACAAAAGCUGCUCAACAAUGCACAGGCGUCCUCAUCAAAGGGCGAAUUCGCUCGCAGAGCCCAGGCGAUCGGCAAAGACAUCGCUUCCACCACAGCCAAGCUGCAACGCCUAGCGCAAUUGGCGCGACGCAAGACGCUCUUCGACGAUCGACCUGUGGAGAUCUCGGAGCUGACGUACAUCAUCAAGCACGACAUUGCAGCGAUCAACAAGCAGCUCGCGGAUCUGCAGGCAUUCAACAAGGCCAACCGCUCCGGCAAGCCCACCGACCGCGCAGAAGAGCACCGCGGCAACGUCGUCACGCUGCUCCAGAGCAAGCUCGCAGGCGCCACCACCUCGUUCCAGGACAUCCUCGAGGUGCGCACCCAGAACAUGAAGGCCUCCAAGGACCGCUCCGAGCAGUUCAUGUACUCCAACUCGGCCGCCGGCAUGCCACCAGCCGAAAACUCAGUUCUUCGUUCGCGCGGCAAACCCAACCUUGCUCCGCCGGGCCCAGAUUCACCGCUGUACAACCCCACACGCACGGCCUCGGCCAUGGCGCACCGCGCGGCACCCUCACCGCUCAACCCGGCGCUGCAGCACUCGGCCUCCUCGGACGGCUACGAUCCCAAGGGCAAGUCGAAGGUGGCUCCCGGAUCGGACGGCGACUUUCUGGCGCUCGACAUGGGCAACGGCACGAACGCGGCGGGCGGCGAGCAGUUUAUGCAGAUGCAGCUCAUGGACAACCAGCAGAACAGCUACAUGCAGCAGCGCAGCACCGCCAUCGAGUCGAUCGAGUCUACCAUCAGCGAGCUCGGCCAGAUCUUUUCGCAGCUCGCCCACAUGGUGGCCGAGCAGCGCGAAACGGUGCAGCGCAUCGAUGACAACGUCAUGGACGUCGUCGACAACGUAGGCGGUGCACAGCGCGAACUGCUCAGGUACUAUGCGUCGGUGUCGAGCAAUCGCUGGCUCAUGCUCAAGAUCUUUGGUGUGCUCAUCGUGUUUUUCCUCCUAUUCAUCUUGGUGUCCUAG